GGGAGGACGGGCCCUGCCUCUCUAAGCCGAGCCGAGCUUUGGAAUGGAAAGCAGUUCCUGAUGUGAUCCUCUGAGCUAAACAAGAACACACUCGCUCCCUCCGAGCACUCGCCCCCUCGCCCCCUCGCUCCCGCAGAGCUGCCUGGCUCCUAUGUGCAGGACUGCCCUCUGGCUCGGUCCCCGCUCCCCAUCGCCCGGCUCUUGCCCCGGGAUGGACUACUUAGAAUUCUGAUCUUGUAGCCCCUGGAAAGACGAAGAAGGACGGUAAAGCAACAAGGCGCACGCACUCCGGACCACCGAUCAUGAUCAGCAGAUAGCACUCAACAGGAUGACCAUGGCUCCCCGGAAAAGGAGCCGUCACGCGCUGGGGUUCCUCUGCUGCUUUGGGAGUAGCGAACACCCCGAGAUUAAUCUCAAAGACAACAACCCUCUGCAGUUUGUGGAAUUCGCGGGGCCCAUACCCUCUGCCGAAGAGCUCAAUGCCAGGUUCUCGGAGCUGGUGGAUGAGCUGGAUCUCACGGACAAAAACAGAGAGGCCAUGUUUGCCCUCCCUCCGGAGAAGAAAUGGCAGAUCUACUGCAGCAAGAAAAAGGAACAAGAAGAUCCCAACAAGCUGGCGACCAGUUGGCCCGACUAUUACAUCGACCGGAUAAAUUCCAUGGCAGCUAUGCAGACGCUCUACGCCUUUGAUGAAGAGGACACCGAAAUGAGAAAUAAAAUUGUGGAAGACUUGAAGACAGCUUUACGGACGCAGCCAAUGAGGUUUGUGACCAGGUUUAUCGAGCUGGACGGCCUGACGUGCUUACUGAAUUUCCUAAAGAGCAUGGACUACGAGACAUCAGAGGGCCGCAUACACACAUCCGUUAUAGGAUGCAUCAAGGCCCUGAUGAACAAUUCCCAGGGCAGGGCGCACGUACUCGCUCACCCGGAGAGCAUCAACAUCAUCUCCCAGAGUUUACGGAGCGAGAACAUCAAAACCAAGAUCGCGGUUCUGGAGAUACUGGGGGCUGUGUGUCUCGUUCCGGACGGUCACAAGAAGGUCCUACGAGCCAUGCUGCACUACCAGGUGUAUGCGGCAGAGAGGACCAGGUUCCAGAGUCUGCUAAACGAAUUAGACCGGAGCUUGGGGAAAUACCGCGAUGAAGUCAAUCUGAAAACCGCGAUCAUGUCCUUCAUCAACGCCGUGUUAAACGCCGGCGCUGGAGAGGAUAAUUUGGAAUUCCGGUUACACCUCCGGUACGAGUUCCUGAUGUUAGGGAUCCAGCCGGUGAUCGAUAAACUGAGGAGGCACGAAAACGCAACUCUAGACAGGCACUUGGAUUUCUUUGAGAUGGUCAGGAAUGAAGAUGAGUCGGAAUUGGCCAAGCGGUUUGAGAUGAACCACAUAGACACCAAAAGCGCCUCCCAGAUGUUUGAGAUGAUUAAGAAGAAGCUGAAGCACACGGAGGGUUAUCCAUACUUACUAUCGAUACUCCAGCACUGCCUGCAGAUGCCAUAUAAGUGGCAGGGGAACAGCGUCCAGCAAUGGCAGCUCCUAGACAGAAUAUUACAGCAGAUUGUCCUCCAGGAUGACAACGGCGAAGAUCCAGACGUCACUCCGCUUGAAAACUUCAACGUCAAGAACAUCAUUAGAAUGUUAGUAAAUGAGAACGAGGUAAAGCAGUGGAGAGAACAAGCCGAGAAAUUCAGAAAAGAACACACGGAACUGGCCUGCCGGCUGGAAAAGAAAGAGAGGGAAUGUGAAAUAAAGACUCAGGAGAAAGAAGAAAUGAUGAAGACGUUGAAUAAGAUGAAGGAUAAGUUACAGAAGGAAUCUGUUGAGCUGCGGCAGGCCCGCGAUCAGAUGGGAGAUCUCGUGUCUCAGCUGAACGAGCUGACGAAUGGUGGCGCCAUAUCCUUCCACCAACCACCUCCUCCACCUGGAGGUCCAUUCACUCUUCCUCCAUCUCUACCUGAAAACUCACCUCCCCCACCGCCUCCCCAACCUUUCUCCACUUUCCCACCUCCUCCUCCUCCACCGCCCCCUCCUCCAGGUGGACCUCCGCCGCCUCCGGGAGCGCCUCCUUUCCUCGGCAUGGGAAUGCCUCCGCCGCCACUCAGUUCCUUCAACUCUGCCAACCUGAGGAAGAAAUCCGUUCCCCAACCAUCCCACCCACUGAAAUCAUUCAACUGGUCCAAACUCAACGAGGAUAAAAUCCACGGAACGAUCUGGAAUGAGAUCGAUGACAUCAGAGCGUUCAAGGCGUUGGACUUGGAGGAGUUUGAGAGAAUGUUCUCAGCGUAUCAGAGGCACCAGGACCUGCUAACUAACACUACCCUGAAGCAGAAAGAUAUGGAUUCCAUGGAGGAUCUUUACCUCUCCACCCGCAAAGUCAAGGAGCUGUCUGUGAUUGACGGCCGACGGGCGCAGAACUGCAUCAUCCUGCUCUCCAAGUUGAAAUUGUCCAAUGAAGAGAUCAGGAAAGCCAUUAUGGAAAUGGAUGAACAAGAGGACCUUCCCAAGGACAUGCUGGAGCAGCUCUUGAAAUUUGUUCCGGAAAAGAGCGAUAUCGAUCUGCUGGAGGAGCACAAGCAUGAAAUCGAUCGCAUGGCGCGCGCCGACCGCUUCCUGUACGAGAUGAGCAGAAUUGAUCACUACCAGCAGAGACUGCAGGCUUUAUUCUUCAAAAAGAAGUUUCCAGAACGGUUGGCGGAAACUAAGCCCAAAGUGGAAGGUCUUCUCCUGGCCUGCAAGGAGUUGACCCGGAGCAAGCGGCUGAAGCAACUCCUGGAGGUGGUGUUAGCUUUUGGGAACUACAUGAACAAAGGGCAAAGGGGCAACGCUUUUGGAUUCAAAGUAUCAAGUUUAAAUAAAAUAAUAGACACCAAAUCCAGCAUAGACAGGAACAUCACCCUGCUGCAUUAUUUAAUCAUGAUAUUCGAGAAAACCUACCCGGAUAUCUUGACCAUUCAGUCUGAACUUCAACAUCUCUCCGAAGCGGCCAAAGUCAAUUUGGUGGAGUUGGAGAAGGAAGUCUGCAGCAUUAAAUACGGAUUAAGAGCCGUGGAAUCAGAACUCGAGUACCAGAAGCGGCAAUACCGGGAGCCGUGCGACCGCUUCGUCCCCGUCAUGAGCGACUUCAUCACGGUGGCGAGUUUCAGCUUCUCUGAGUUGGAGGACCUGCUGAGCGAGGCUCGCGAUAAGUUCUCUAAGGCGAUGAAGCAUUUUGGGGAACCUGGAGGCCAAAUGCAGCCUGAUGAGUUUUUUGGAAUAUUUGACACCUUCCUCCAGUCCUUUGCGGAGGCCAAACAAGACCUGGAGAAUAUGAGGAAGAAAAAGGAGGAAGAGGAGCGCAGGGCUCGUAUGGAGGCCAUGCUCAAGGAGCAGCGUGAGAAGGAACGGCGGCUGAAGAAGGCGAAAGCGGGGAGCGCGUCCGAAGAAGGAGGAGAGUUCGAUGACCUGGUGUCGGCGCUGCGGUCCGGCGAAGUCUUCGACAAGGAUUUAUCCAAACUGAAGAGGAACCGGAAACGUUCCGGGAAUCAGGUUCUAGACCCCAGCAGAGAAAGGGCUGUCACCAAGCUGAAUUACUAAGGCCACGGAGAAAGUCCAGACCGAAGGCUACGGGGAGAUUCUGACGCCGGAGCGGAAGGACGGAUGUCAGCUGGUUGGGAUUUCGAUGGAAGCUUGGAGAGAUGUCCUCAAAACGAGCUGCCGGGUUCCUCGAUACAAAGGAUCGUUCUGCAUGAUCUGCCGCAGAACGCAUCGGAUGCAACGAGCAGAAGAGACGAGCGCAACGUGCGGCCAUCGGACUUCUCAAGUGCCAAAUAUAUAGGUUUUAUUUUUUUGCACUGUCUUACAUUUCAGAUGUAAUGGGAUUUUAUUCGGUAUCCGGCCGCCGGCCGCGAGCGCAGACUGUAGGAUCCGACCGAUCCGCCGCGCCGGUCCCGUUCUACGGGCGAAACCAAAGCGAGGAUAUAAUUCUGAAAUAAAAAAGGAAGAAAGACUAGAGAGAGACGGGAAAAGGACGGCGGACGGCGGCCAACGAACCCGAACGUUUCUCAAAGAGUCGGUGGGCAGAGGUUCCAGAACUCGGAAUAAAAAUCCGGUUUACGUUUCAGCUGCGAGAUAAAUGGGUAUUUCUUAUUUUCAAGGUCUGUCCGAGUUGAGGUUUGGUACAGAAUGUUACACUCACACUCUCGGUGUUAUACGCACUCCGCAUGAGUCUAGGACUCCCUCCAAUUGUUCAAACCAAACACGAUUGCCACAUCACGCGCGCUUUCUGC